UUAAGUUGGAGCACGAUGGCGACGACCGCAUCGUGUCCUCCUCCUUCCGUUCUCCUCCCCAUUCGCACCACCACCGCCGGAGCGCGGUUGACUUCCUCCCACGGUAGCAGAGCCGGCCACGCGGUCACCACCACCGGCGGAGCCGCGCACGCACGACCACCGCUGCCAAUGGGGAUGGCGAGGGCCCUGCUGCCGCAGCGCGCGCCGCUGCUCCGGCGGCUCCUCAUGGCCGGCGCGCUGGCCGCCUCCUGCACCUGCUUCCUCCUCGUCCUCCAGGCGCAGGCCUCCGUCCCGCCGCGCUACGACGGGUUCGCCUACGGGGUCGGGGCCGCCGCCUGGAAGGACGCCGUCCUCGUCGAGGCCUUCCUCGACCCGCUCUGCCCCGACAGCCGCGAUGCCUGGCACCCGCUCCGGCUCGCCGUCGAGCGCUACUCCCCGAUGGUCUCCCUCAUCGUCCAUCCCUUCCCUCUCCCGUACCACACCUAUUCAUACCAUGCCUGCCGUGCGCUUCAUAUAGCUAACAAGUUGAAUUCGUCAUCAACCUAUCCGUUGCUGGAGCUGUUCUUCAAGAAUCAGGGAAAAUUCUCCAACCGCGCGACAUCGUCAAUCUCGAGCACUGCUGUGACCGGUGAGAUAUCAAAGAUGGCGGCCCAGGCGGUCGGCAAUUCAGUCUCCGAGUUCCAGUCGGGCUUCAGCGACAUGAGGUCAGACAUGGCAGCGAGGGUUUCUUUCAAGUAUGGGUGCACGCGAGGGGUGGCCGGCGCGCCGUUCUUCUUCGUGAACGGCUUCCUCCAGCCGGGAGGCGGGUCGCCCAUCGACUUCAGCACGUGGACCAGCAUCCUGGAGCCCCUCGUCGCGCAUCACGGGCAGACCAUCGAGAUGCUCACUUCGGUGUAAUGUAAGCAUUUCAAGUCAAGCGCCUUUUAUAUGUUGGAACCAAAAGAUGGCUAUUGUACAGACAGCAGCCCUGUGUGUGUAAACCGGUCGACAGUAUUUUGUUCUUCUGUGGAACCCCGCGCCCAGAUGAAAACACUGUAUACUCUUGUUUCGUUUUGGACGUAGAUUGAUGGGAAAUCAGUUUCGUUUUCGGUGUUGCUAA